CCCAUGUCGACCGCAGCGUAUAGGUAGCCGUUUACCUCCAUACCAACAUCGCCAGCAUCCUUCAGACCAUCCUUGCGCGCGCAAGCGUCCUUUCCGUCGCGGCGACGCGCAGCUUGCAAAAUGGCAUCCACUUGUCUUCUUGCACAUGUGCGGCCUUCCAUAGCUGCACCGUGCAGCGUCCGGACGGGACUUCCGCGCCCGUGGGGGUUGGCGCGCCCCGCGCCCGCCUGUGUGGUGCUGGUACGUGCCAAGCCACAGGACGGCAAACAGGAGCUCGACCCCAUCGAGAAAAUGGUCUCUUUCUUCUUCCCGAAGGCGCUGUCCGACCCUGCGCCAAUGGGCCUCAAGCGGAUCAACUUCGAUGAGCUGCCUGAUCAGUACUGCGAAAUGGACACCCUGGCACCACUCCUGCCCGGUGACGAGCGCUCCCCGGACGUGAGCGCCAUCCGGCCGCUGCUGGCGCGCACGCAGCUGGAGCGGCGCUCGCUCAAGCUGGCCUUCGACGCCGACCUGGACGGAUGGAGCCCCGCGGCCUUCCACGCCAAGGUGGACGGGCAGGGUGCGGCAGUGGUGCUGGCCACGACGGCUGGAGGCGCCGUGCUCGGUGGCUACAACCCCGAGGGAUGGAUUGGUCUCGGUGAGGACCGCGCAUCAAACGGGGCCUUCCUGUUCAGCUGGCCAGAUGGCAACACAAAGCAGCGCGCGUAUAAGAUUGCCAAGGUAGGUGGUCCCAACCUGGCGGUGAUUGACAACCCCUCCAGCGGACCGCAGUUCGGCGCUGACGGCCUGACCAUCCCGCUCAAGCCGAGAGGGCAGGAGCGCCUCGCCAAGUGCAAGCUAGGCACGUACUACGCCCGGUUGCCGGACGGCAGCCGCACGCUGUUCUCAGGCGGGGACGACCCCAAGAAGGCCGAACUGGUGUCACUCAAGGUGUACGUGGCAGACGCCAAGGGCGUGGAGUGGCGGCUGGAGGGCAUUACGUGGAAGAGCGUCGUUGUGGAGAAUUGAAGCACGAUGUCAUUGCAGGCGUGUGUUGUACGAAGCUCACCAUGAUGCUAACAGGAGAGGCAAGGGGCCCUUGCGGCUCGGUUAGUCUCGUCAUAGGUUCAGGAACGCACACUGCCAACCCUGUAACAAUCAUUAUCAGUAGGAUGGCGGGUGAUGGAGGGCGCGGCGAAUGCAGGUGAUGUAAUGUACGGCCCUCAAAGUGCGGAAUAGUCCGACGAAUACAGAGUGCGGCCGUAGAGAGGUAGUUACGGUGUGAUCGGGUGCUCUAGUUUGCAUAGAAAAUUUUGCAUCGUGGUUGGAGCGUCAACCCCAUGACAUCUGGCACGACCUUUGAUGCAGUUUGAUGCUGUGCCGUGUGCGGAUCCCAUUGGUCAUCGGAGGACGGCCAGGACGACCAUUGUGUAGGUGGUGGAGUCUGGAGGACAGGUUGAGCCUGUCCUCCCCAGCCGUCCGGCCUAGGUCCGUUGAUGUAGGGAGCUAAAUGGGUUGAUCCUGUCUCAGCGCGAGCCCCAAUGCACCGUCCUGAGUGGUCGUCUGUCCUAGGCUCAACACAUUGCUUCGGCGUGUGGGGACGCGGCGUUGGCGAGAGCCACGAAUGGCCCUAAUACCGUGGGGGCAUGUUGCACCCGUGGAGGGCACUGUAAGCCGUCGGAAGC